ACAAAUACAACUGUUGGUGUGGGUUGUUGUUUCGCUGAGUUUUGUUUUGCGUGCGAAUUUUUUUCAAUUAAAAAAUUUUGUUAAACAAAUAAUAACUUGUUACACUAAAAUAAACAGUAACAACUAUAUUUUUGCGUAAAAUUCGUUAAAGAAUUAUCAAGUGAUUUAUCUGGGUCUGCAGUGUAUAGUAUUUAGCUAGUGCCAAACGCAAACUGAAAAAUCAAUAGAACAAAGUUUUUUCACAAAGCGCUGUGCAAGAUAUAACUACACAAACAUAGUAAGAAUGGGAGCGGAGCAUUCCCAGCAACGCGCCGAGGCAGAUGGACGUGAGAUUUUUGAAGGUGACUUAAAAAUCACACUUGGCAAUGCACGGCAAUCACAUAGUGCCACACCCACUGGUAGCACCAAACGACGCAGUGGUCGACCAAGCACCAGCAGCAGUGGCUCCAAUCGUGGCAGCAAACAUAUCGUUGAGACAGUAGCGGCAACAGCAUCUCCUACUACCUCUGUAGAGCUUAGUCGACCACCUUCACCACCGCUGAGCGUAUGUUCUGACUUGCCUUACGUUUCUUAUACGGAUCGUCCUAUAGGUGACUCACCGAAAAUUCGUAACAAACCACACAGUCGUCACCAACAAGCGAAUAGCAUAAAUCGUAAUGCGGGCAUACGCAAAUCUUUCGGUACGGGCGCCACACCAAAACGUCCGCAAUCCACUUCGGGUACAAUUGUGAUUGUUAAACCUGGCGCGCGUGAUGCGGACUACGAUGCAGAUACAGAUUUGACGCGUUUGCGUAACAUACCACAAUUCCUACCUGUGUUACGUGAUUCUGUCACAACUGCGGCAUUCACACGUGAUCAGGAAGUGUUGGAACGUUUGAAUGCACAGCAUUUAGUGAACAUCUGCAGUCGCAUGCAAACACAUUUAAACCUUUGCGCCACACAAGUAACACAAGAGCAAAAUCAUCUCGUGGAACGCACAAAAGUGGUUAGUAAUUCCAUAACAACACUGUUUGCUUCAUUUGUGGACAUGCAGAAGACUUAUGCCGCCUAUGCUGAACAAUUCGCCAAGGUGCGUACUAUAUCGCAACAACUGAGUCGGUGUAACUCCCUGCUGCAUGACAAUAUUGCUAAUUUGGAAGCAAUCAAUAAUUAUCUCGAUGUUGAAGAUCGUUUGGAGCCUUUCAUUUGGCGCACAGAUGAUGGCAAGCAGCGAGGCGAAGCGGAAGGUGCACCUGGUGGUGGUAGUGGGCGCUUGACACGUAUGUAGUGUGGUUAAGUGCAUGCUAUGCGCUAAUAAAUGUAAAAGCGUAUCUAGCAAAAUGUACUAAACUGGAAAAGCAAUAUUUUCCUCUAACAGGUGUAAAAUCGUUAUUAUUGUUAUUGUAGGCACAUUUAAAGCCUUAACUCAACAUUCUGGUUUGGAUUAUGGUCGAAAGUGUGUGAUUUGUAUUAAGUUUGUUAUGGUUAAGCUAUAUGUGUACUGUAAAUAUAAAUACAAGAAAAUAUAAUUCUUGUAUUUUCUAAUUGUUGUAAGUCACUAAUUUAUACAUACUAACAAUAACAUAUAUCUAUGUGUGACUUCAAGAUUGA